GUGACUGUCGAAUUGUGGAGACUCGAAGAAAAUGAAAUCCCAGUACACCCGAAAAGCCAAACCAGAGCCAGCAAAUACAACUACAGCAAUAGAGCCCAAGACGAAUAGUAAACUGGCGGGUCCAAAAUCGAGAUCCACUACGGUGGUGGUGAAGCGCCGAAAUCGCCGAAAUCGCAUUAAUGGAGCAGCCGAAGGCUCCACAGGCGGCAAUUCCGACGGGGGUAAAUCCAGAGCAGGUUUCUGCGGAGGCGGUAUUUCAAGAGGAAAUAAUUCCGAAGGAGGUAAAUCAACUGGAUGCAAUUCCGGUGGAAGUAAUUCCAAAGGAACUAAUUCCCGGACAGGUUAUACCGGUGGAUGUAAUGGUAAUGCCGGUGCUGGUAGUUCCGGAGCUGGAAACAAGUCCUGCCAGCUCGUUCCGGUGCGGCGUAAGCCACUAAGCGAUUACAUGAUGCUGGAGGAGCAACCAUUUGCAUCCAGUCGUCCAACCACAUCCUCCUCCCAUCUAUCGGACCAGGAUCCUCCGAUGAGUUACGCAGCUGCUGUGGAAUCUCUUUCCGUGUCUAGGCUUAGGGUCAAGGUGGUGCUGUCCCCACGUCUCAAGCGGUCCGGCAAUCAGCCGCCGAUCAAGAGGCCGAGCCCCAAAAAUUCACCCGACACCAAGGUCAAAUUGAUCCCACCGACGCAGUCUAAGCCACACAAUGUACUAAAUCCAAAGCGCAACAUGGCCCAAGUUCCUCCCCAAUCCCGCGUUGCCCAGGCGAAUCCCAAACCCAACAACUCACUGCCACCUGCGGGCAACAAUAAGAAAUCCAAGUCGAAGAAAUCCCAGAAGGCCAGGCAAAAUCAACAACGAGCGGAGGCUACUUCUCCAGAGCUGCCAGUCUCACCACAGCCUUGUGAUGUCACUCCACAGAGCUGCUCGCCGAAGUUCUCCGAUACCACCGCCUAUCUGGACCAUUACCAUGAGCAAAUGCAGCGCAUUCUGGCUGAGCAGACGGCUGGUCAAAAGCCUUAUCCCAACCGUGGCCAAGUAAAGUCCUGCAAACACAAUGCCCAGCUCCCAACCAACCGAUCCCUCUUCGACUUCGAUGAGCGACUAUUCAAACGCGGCGAUUUGGAGUCGGCCGCUAUUUUGGCCCAGAAUCAGGCCAUGAUGCGCAAGUGGCUUAACCCCAGCAUGCUGAUCUCCUAGGCAGCUCAAUUACCAAUGAAAAUUUACCAUUUAGUUUUAUGUGUUUGAAGUUGUUAUGUUAAAUCAAAAUUCCAAUCGAUAUCUUAUAAGAAAUCUCUGUGGCCUGCAGACUUGCAACCUAAAAAACGGAAGCCCAUGGAGAUUGAACUGUAUUUUGAAUAUAA